AUGAAGGAGGACUUAUAUUGAACUGUACAGGAAGUGAUCCACCAAAGCCACAGAAUGGCAAAAAGUGUCAUGGUAGCCUAUGUCCUUUGGGCAAUGGGUGGGCCUUUGGGCCUUCACCAUGUAUAUUUAGGAAGAGACAGCCAUGCUCUGUUAUGGAUGCUCACCCUGGGAGGAUUCGGGUUUGGCUGGGUCAGAGAGUUCAUACGUAUUCCUGCAUAUGUUGGCGAGGCCAAUCAAGAGGCAGAAAAAGACAGAAAAACACGUCCCACUAUGGUCCUCCCACCUGUGAGCCCUGUCAGAUUUGUUGGACAGGUGUUUGUUGGGAUCUAUUUUGGCACCGUGGCUCUGAUUGGACUGAACUCCUUCAGCUUCUUCUACUUGAUUGUCCUGCCUUUAUGUGUGGGUGCAGGGGUACAUCUGGUGUCAUGUAUCGGCCAGCAGACUUCGGAUCUCAGGAAAACGUUGACUACUUGUCUCAUAACCUCCCCAAUAUUCUAUGGCAGCAGCUUAUCCCCCCUCCCUAUAAGCCUGGCUGCCAGUGUUACUGCUGCAUCGCACCGCAGGCACAGACCUCCACCGCCACCAGGGAGCUCACAGAAACUAGGACCACGGAUUUACAGGCUUGGUCUGGCCUGGCUGGCCUUCUCUGCUCCGCUGGGUUACUGUAUUUUCCAUAACACCACAGCCACACUGUACUACCUAUCUGACUGUGUAGCAGCACUGCUGGAUAUAUUCUGGUUCCUGCCUUGGCUCCGAAAUGUGUUUGAGUACAUUCUUUUAAUGCCAUAUCGGCUCUUGUGUGUAAUUACUGGAGGGGGUUACUAUGAAGACGCUUGGAGGAGGAUGUUGGAAAUACUUUUAAAAGAGUACACUGAGAAAGAAAAAGAGGCUCUGCGAGUCUUGUCAUUGGAAAUAGAGGCCUCCCUAGAAGACAUAACACGCAGCUAUAGGGAACUCGCCAAGACAUGGCAUCCAGACCAUAACCCCAGCAAGGAUGCUGAGGCCAUGUUUGUGAAGAUCAAUGAGGCUUAUGAGAUCCUUCUACGACGGCACAAACCUCAGAGAUUCAAAUAGUUUCCCU